GUUACUGUGUACAUAAUUAUUUGUUUAAACUAAAGCUAACAUUCAUUUCAACGGAUCAUUUUUCCCUUUAUUUCAAACACUAUUAUUUAGUGGAGGGAAAAAACUUGAUAGCCAAGUGCAUGUAUACAUGAAUUGAGAAACUAAUCGACAUUGGAUGAUAUACAAUCAUUGUGUGAAUACUAGAGAAUGAUCAUAAAUUUUAAUUUUGAUCCCGACAUGGAAUGGAUAAUAUCAUUUAUCGAAAUAUAUGUACCAUUUGGCCAAUCAAUAUUAUGGAUCAUAUCGAUGAUGAUAGCUAUUUACAUUCGUAUAAUUCGAUGUUUUCUUGAUAGCCUUAUGGAAAUAACUGGUUUAUAUCAUUGGACGCAACGGAAUCGAAUUCCACCCAUAACACAUCCAUUGUUAUUGCACACAGCAACAGAAUUGGUAGAAAAAACACGUACUGGUCAAUUGAAAUGUGAAACACUUGUUCGAGUAUUUAUCGAUCGUAUUAAACUGGUAAAUCCAUUGAUCAAUGCUGUUGUUGCAAAUUGUUUUAAUGAUGCUAUUAGAGAAGCGAAAGAAUAUGAUCGUCGUAUUGAAAUGGCUUUGAAUGACCCAUUGAUCGAAGAUAAUGUACUUCAAUUGCCGUUGCUUGGUGUGCCUAUCACGAUCAAAGAAUGCAUCCCUGUCAAAGGAAUGCCCAACACUGCUGGUUUAUAUUCAAGAAAAGAUUUUCGCGUCAAAGAGGAUGCACAGGUCGUGAAAAAUGUUCGCAAAGCUGGUGCAAUUGUUUUAGGUGUGACAAAUGUACCUGAAUUUUUGCUAUGGUGGGAUACGAACAAUCAUGUAUAUGGUCGUGCACGUAAUCCUUAUGAUUUAUCACGAAUUACCGGUGGAAGUUCAGGUGGUGAAGCAGCCAUACAAGCAGCAGCUGGUACAAUAAUUGGUGUUGGUUCAGAUAUCGGUGGUUCAUUGCGAAUACCGCCAUUUUUCUGUGGUACAUUCGGACAUAAGCCUUCAUCAUAUAUGACAAAUAACCAAGGGAAUUUUCCAUAUUGUGGCCAUAAAUCGAGGGAAAAAUUGCUAGUCAAUGGCCCAUUGUGUCGUUAUGCAACGGAUUUAAAACCAUUAUAUAAAGUGAUUAUUGCUGAUGAUGAAAAGGCAUUAGCUCAACUUGAUUUAGAUCGACCAGUUGAUUUGAAAAAAUCUCGAUUCUAUUUUCUCUAUGAAGAUGGCGAUCCAUUUAAAACACCCGUUUCGUCUGAUGUACGUGAAACAUUACAACGUGCUCGUAAUUUUCUUGAAAAAGAUUGUGGCUUCAUUUGCAUCGAUGCUCAAAUACCGUUGAUGAAAUAUAAUUUCCUAAUAUUUUUAGCUACAUUGGGCGAUUGUGAUGCACCAUCGUUGGGAGAAGAAAUUGUUGAACGACGUGGACAAUUGAAUGCAGGGAUCGAAUUGAUAAAAGGAUUAUUUGGUCGUUCGAAGUUUCGUAAAAUUACCUGUAUGAAUGUGUUAUUAGAAAAUGCUGUACAUUCUCCCGAAACACGGAAUAAACGUUUUUUUCGAAAGAUAAUAGAAAUGGGAAAACAAUUGCGCGACCAAUUGAAUUCUAUGUUAGAGGAUGGUAGCAUCUUGAUUAUGCCAUGUCUACCAGAGCGAGCACCAAAACAUAGUGGAACAUUUUUACGUGUGAACAACUGUGGCUACACUUCCGUAUUUAAUGUAAUGGAAAUGCCUGUUACACAGGUUGCCAUGGGUAUUGGCAAACGAUCAAAGAUGCCUGUUGGUUUUCAAAUUAUAGCCAAACGUUUGAAUGAUCGUUAUACAUUGGCUGCAGCCGAAUUAUUUGCUAAAAAAUUUGGUGGUUGGCAACCACCUUGUGGAGUUCAAAUUAACUAAAUACUUUUAUCAUUUUAAUUGUUGUAUUUAUUGUUGAAGACAUUGUUUUAAUCAAUAAAAUAAAAUUCCAUUCUAUGUAUUCCA